GUUUAUUUUAGGCGAACUAGAAAACGAAACAAAUUCCACUUCUGAGCCGUCCCUCCUCUUCGCCGUGCGGCCCGGCACUAUGGCCACCGCCGUUUGGCCAUAGGGUUCUCGUCGCCCGCGACAGCGAUGUCGGCGCCGCCGGUGCGGACGCUCGCUGACCUCGAUGGCGACGUGCUGGCCCACUGCGCCGGCUACCUCGGUGCCCGCGACGUCGCCAGCCUCGCCAUGGCCUGCCGGCCCCUGCGCGCCGCCGCCUACGGCGACGCCGUCUGGUACCGCCUCUUCAGGGAUCAAUGGCCAUUUGAGGAAGUGCCAUGUGGAGCUUUGGGGCUCAGAGAACUAUACAAACGUAGGCACACUGAAGUAUGUCAAAUGAAAUUUGAUGAUCCCUUAUCAGCUAUUUAUCACUUAAAUCCUGCGGAAGCUACACCCAGCCAUCUAAUGCUGGAUAGGAACUCCAUCUGGGUGUGUCAAGGUCUAGUAGCCAAAAAACUCAGUGUAGAUUGGCCAGACGCUGAAGUGGUGGAGACCCACAGAAAUCAUGGUGCAAGGAUCACUUGUAUGAGGUUAUUUUCACUGAGUGAUACUCCACUGUUUCGAAAUGAUACACAAAAAAAUGAAAAGGCAUUAGUCACUUCAAGCACAGAUAGAACAAUCCGUCUCUGUUGGAAGAGCCACUCUCGCUGUUACAAGGGCCAUUUGGCACCUGUCACUGCUCUGGCUGAUAAAUUGCUUGUGGACGGUGAAUCUAAAGUACUUGCAAGUGGAGGGGAGGACUGCACUGUUCGCCUAUGGUCUAUGAGUACGAGGGCAAAAAAUCGCCCUCUAAUAGCAACAUUUCAUGGCCAUGAAAAGGCACUGUCAUUUUUAUCCGUUGCUCGGCAUAAGUCCUCCCUGUUGGUGAGCAGUUCCAAAGAUUCAAAGGUUAAAGUUUGGGACACAGUGGCUCCUUCCAGUGGUUCAUCAUCAUGUGUAGGCAGUACUCACAUCAACUCAAGCGGCCCACCAAUUGCAAUGAAGUGCCAUGAAUCCCUUUGCUACAUGGCCACUGGAUCUGAAGUGACAGCGAUUGACUUGCGGACAAUGAAGAAGGCUUCGGUUCUUGCACUCGAUGACCACAGAAUACUUUCUUGUGAGAUGCUGCCAUCUGAAUGGUUAAUAUGUACCGGCACGAAAGACAAGGCUCUUCUGUGGGACAUCCGUAAGGCUCAAGAACUCCCAAACACAGUGACGGAAAUGCAAUCUGACGGCCCAGUGACGUUGCUUCAUUUGGACCCGUACAAGGUGGUGACGGGAGUGGCAUCACACGGCCAGGUCCAUGUCUGGGAAACGCAAACAGGCGAACUGUUGAACACAUUAAGCUGUGGCGAGCCUGCAAGGUCCGGGGGGAGAAUCACAGUGUCAUCCAUGGCUGUGGACGGGUGCAGGAUGGUCAUGGCGGGCAGCUCUCCGGAAGGCAGCGUGUUGCAUUACCGGGACUUUCUGAGGUCUUCCGCCCCCGCACCUUCAGCUGGCGAGGAGGCUUCCAGGUUCUGGAGGCCCCGUCAAUUCGGUGAAAACGACGAUGAUAGCGAGGACGAAGGCUAUUAUUAAUUUAGUUAAGCUGCAUCUCGCAGGAGCUUUCAGUUUUGCUACCAGCAGUUGUAAAGAGCAAAGACAGGAGAGAAAUAUUUGUAAAGGAGCGUGAUUCUUCAAGUUUUUUUUUUUCGAGAAUA